AUGAACAUUCACCUCGUUGCGAUCCCAUUAGUGUCGCUGCUCCUCCUCAAAGGAGUCUUGACCCUCUUUCGGCAUUUGCACUCGGAUCUGAGAUCCGUGCAAGGCCCUCGUGCCGCUCGAUGGACACUUGGCUGGUAUACUUGGAAAGUCUCGCAAGGUUCUUUUGAGCAUGUCAACCGUGAUCUCCACAAGAAAUACGGCUCUGUCGUUCGCUAUGCGCCCAACCGCUACAGCUUCAGCGACCUCAAGGCAGUCAAAGUAAUCUACGGUCUGGGUACCUCGUUCCCAAAGUCUCCAUGGUACAUACCCUGGGGCAACCCCGGGGAUAACAAUCUGUUCAACGAGCGAUCGUUGGCCAAGCAUGCGCACGAUCGAAAACAAUAUCAGUCCACGUACUCCAUGUCUUCCCUGGUCAACUACGAAGCCUUUGUUGACGAGUGUGCCAAGCUGCUAAAGAAUCGCCUCUCGAAACUAUAUGCAGCAGGUCAGGCGGUCGACAUGCAUCAUUGGUUUCAAUGCUAUGCUUUUGAUGUUAUUGGUAUGAUCACUUAUGGAAAGCGUCUGGGCUUCCUCGACAAGGGAGAGGAUGUAGGAAAUGUGAUCAAUGCCUUGGGGGAAAUACUCGGCUACUCCACAAUCGUUGGCAUCGUCUUCCCUACCCUCCACAAUAUCAUUGUUCCAGUCAUGAACUUCUUUGCAGGGAGUAAGGGACAAGGCGGAGCUUAUAUCACAGCUUUCCCAAGGCGAGGAUCAGUGAAGCGAAGUCAAAUCCCAAAGCUGUGGUCCUGGAUGACAGCGACACCUCGACGCAGUCGUUUCUAA